GAGUUCCUUGUGGCUUAUGUCUUUAUCAAAAUGGCAAACUCCCCUCGACCAGGUGUGUGGGCUCUCGAAAAAUCAACAGAUUUUGGUAAGACUUGGAACCCUUGGCAAUAUUUUGCCGGAAACCCCAACGAAUGUCUGCAAUUCUUCAAUGCCUCUACUUCAGAAGUCCCAGAAGAAGAUGACGAAGUUAUUUGUACCACGAAAUUUUCCAAAGUUGUUCCUCUAGAAAACGGCGAGAUUAUUGUGUCUCUGGUCGAUGAUAGACCAAAUGCCCAGAACUUUUCCAACUCCCAGAAGCUGCAGGACUGGACAAAGGCAACAUCCGUGCGGCUCCGUUUGCUACAGACAAAAACACUCCUCGGUCAUUUGAUGGCCGUACGGAGACAGGACCCUACAGUGACCAGAAGGUAUUUCUACAGUAUUAAAGAUAUUUCCAUUGGAGGACGCUGUGUCUGCAAUGGUCAUGCCGAGCGAUGUGACAAAAGGGACGCAACUCAACCGAACAAGCUUUUCUGUGAAUGUCACCAUAACACUUGUGGGCCCCAGUGUGAACGAUGCUGUCCAGGAUUUGUUCAGAAAAAGUGGCAGAGGGUCACCACCAACAAGGACUUCAUGUGCGAACCAUGCAACUGUCAUGGACACACAAAUGCAUGUGUUUACGAUGCUGAAAUAGAUGCCAAAAAGUUAUCAUUGGACAUACACGGGAACUACGAUGGCGGUGGCGUCUGUCAGAACUGCACGCACAACACAAAGGGCAUCAACUGUGAACAGUGUAUUGAUGGCUUCUAUCAACCAUUCAAUGUACCCAAGGAUGUGCCUAACGUCUGUCACCCUUGCCAGUGUCGCUCCCGAUUCUCAACUGGUUCUUGUGAAGAAGGCACUGGACGUUGUAGAUGUAAACCACAGUAUACUGGAGAGAAUUGUGACAGGUGUAACAAUGGUUACCACAACUUCCCCGAAUGUCUACCCUGCGACUGUCACGUCAACGGCACCGCUGAAGGCAAAUGUGACGUCGGAGGGGGCCAGUGCCCUUGUAAAUCCAACUACAUGGGGCGGAAGUGCAACACAUGCCGAUCCCAAUACUACAACUUCCCAGAAUGCAAAGGUAUGUCUCACACACAUGUUUGACUGGCUGGUUGGCUA